AUGCAUCACGCGCUACUCGUUCCAGACAUCUUAGAUCACAUCUUCACAUUUAUCAAGGCUGCUGAUAGUGAGCAAGUCAGCCGCCGGACUCUCGCAGCACUCGCCAGAACCUGCAGCGCUCUCAGUGAUCCCUCACUGGAUGCUCUCUGGAGCGAGCUACGUAGCCUGUACCCAUUAGUGUCGUGCAUCUACGAUGCUAACGUGAAGUUGAGCGAAGAGGCACGUCUUCGGUAUCUAUAUGUUGCUCCUCACGCUGAUCCGCUUAUCGAACAGGACACGUCAGAAAUCGACGCUGAUGCGGGACCGGAUCUAUCUGUUUUUCACAAGUACGCGUAUCGCGUCCACAAAAUAGAGCUUUCUGGAUACGAAGGGGGCUGGAGAGUCAGAGCUGUCCCUGAUGACCUAGGAGUGUUCCACGUUCUUCAAGUUCCCACUCCACUCCUUCCCAAUCUCACCCACCUGGCUUGGAGUGAUGAACUUAGUCUUGCUCUACUCUGGCCACUGCUCAAUCCACGUUUAUUAUCUCUUCGCAUAUCAAGCUUUCAGUGGAGCCCGAAAUCCACCCCGUUACUCCUGUCCAAAAUCCGGGGACUUUGCCCGGAGCUGAAUACGCUGGGAUUGACAUUUUAUCUGUCGGAAGGAUGCGAAACUAAAGCCGAAAGUUGCUUAUCCCGAGUAAUUUGCUCUUGGAAGAAGCUCGAGGUGCUGGACUACAGCCCCGUGGGCUGCGAAUCCAUCCUCAACCUUUCCGCACUGUCAUCGCUCAGAAUCCUUCGGUUGCGCGUUGACAACAUAUCUGAUCUUGAUCUGCCCGUAAAUUCGCUCUCAUUUCCAUCGUUGCACACUCUCCAAUUUCAAGCCAACAGCCUAGUAACUGUUCAUUCCAUCCUUCAAGCUAUAAGGAACUUGCCCAAAUCUAUGGAUAUUUUCCUUCCGGUGUACAGGUCGGGGGGUGUUAGUGUGGAAACGAUCGAGCCCAUUCUGCAACCCAUCGGUCAAAAUGUGUCUUGUAGCAACCUUGAAGAAUUUCGCAUGAACGUUCCCCUUCUGAGCAGCGGUGUCGUCAACAGCUCCAACGUACUCCGACCCCUUUUCCUAUGCUGCAACCUUCGUGUAUUGCGCAUAAUGAUGACGCCAUUGUUCUUGCCCGCAGAUAAUGAUCUGCGUGCCAUGGCUUCUGCUUGGCCACUACUGGAGGAACUUGAGCUGUUCGACUGUCGCAAUCUCAAUCAGAAUCCUGGAAUCACCUUUCACGGUCUCAUUUCGCUUCUGGAGUUGUGCCCCAAUCUUCACUUCUUUAACCUGGCUAUCGACGCCACCAAGCUGGACGGACUGCGGGGUGAUAAACCAGGCGGUGGUGUUUGCAAUCGACUGGUCAAAUAUCCCAGACUUGUUGAUUCUCACAUCAGUGACCCAGAAGCGGUUGCUCGUAUCCUCCUUGACAUACUUCCCGAACUUGAGACCAUUUGGGGGGAAGGUUCCCCUGGUCCUUUUACGACCAUGUUCAACUCAACACUACCUCAAGGAUGGGACCAAGUUCACGAAAUAAUACUAGACUCUAAAGCAUCCAGAGGGUUAUGACGUAGCCACAAUGGCUCGACUCCGGCAACUUUAUUUCACUAUGCCAUGUGCGCCUCCCAGAACGAGUGUACGUACUUUAGGACUUAUCACAGUAUGUAGAUACACAUAUAUUGUACUAGUAGGAUGUUUUCUGUUGUUGAAUGAAAAGCACUCGCAUGAUAAAACAGCUACGAAGAUAAUAAAGUGGAAAUAGUACAGAUGUGACCUCUGAGAAUACAGGGGGGUAGCAUACGUAGCUAAGCAUUUGCCAUCUCAACGUCACCUAGACCGUCACCAUUAUUUAGUAGCGUUU